CAAGAGACAAAACUGACGUCACCACAGUGCGACAUGCCGGAUAGAAACAAACGCUUGGAAUAGCUUUCUAUUGAAGGUGCACAUGUAAUAAAUCAUCAUGUUUUAGUUAGUGGAAUUACAUUGUAGGUUCAAGUCUCCGCGAAACAUCCCGUCCUGUGCCGCCACAACAACGUAAAGGGAGUGAAUGCUAAGUGUGUGAAGCUAAUUGGCUCCUCGUCAUUAGAGGUAUGAGUUGUAGACAUGGCGGUGAAGGAGGUGGAAGGAGCAGGCGAGGAGGCUAUCGAGACGGCAGCAGGGAAAGAGCCGACAGAGGACGCGGGUCCAGCGGGAGCUCAAACAACGUUGACGAGGACCAGGCUGCUAACCGCCAUCCAUCACACCUGAAAGGACGGGAGAUCGGUUUGUGGUACGCAAGAUACGGAGCCGUGAAGAAGAAACAUGCUGAGCGGAGAUCGCGGGCAGUGGUCCAGAUGGAUGAGGCCAGAGAGCAGAACAUCAUCAAGCUGCUGGAUUCUGUCCAGAACGACCAGUCGGGUGCACAACGACCAACAAGAGAUGCAAGAGCCUCUGCUUCCCACAGCUGGCGUACACCUUCUAACAAAAGUGGUCAUUGCUACUUUGAUGGAGACAUGCCCGAGCAAGUUAAACAGAAGGCUGACAUGAAAUCCGAGGAGGAAGGUUUCAUCUCUCAGGCAGUUGAAGAUGAGACUCCUGACACAUGGGAUGAUGAUGAUGAUGAUGAUGACAAGGAGGAGCAGAAGCAAGGGGAGGAGGAGAAAGAGAAACCAAAGAGAAAUGACAAAGAUUUUGAGUUUUUACUUCAGAAAAUAGCCAGAGACCAUUCACUGGAUGAGUCGUUGCGGAGAGAUCUGCAGAGGAAAAAAUCACACCCAGUGUACAAGGAGAUGCUGACAUUUAGAGAAAAAUUGCCAUCCUAUGGAAAAAAAGAGGAGCUGGUCCAGCUGAUCAACUCCAACCAAGUCCUGGUUGUGAGCGGUGAGACUGGAUGCGGGAAGACCACUCAGGUGACCCAGUUCAUUCUAGACGACCACAUCAACCGAGGCGUGGGUUCAAUGUGUCGGGUGGUUUGCACGCAGCCUCGUCGCAUCAGCGCCAUUUCGGUAGCACAGCGUGUGGCGGCAGAGAGGGCAGAAAGUGUUGGCAAUGGAAAUUCGUGUGGUUACCAAAUUCGCUUGGAAAGCCAGUUACCACGAAAACAAGGUUCGGUCCUGUACUGCACCACCGGCAUUAUCCUGCAGUGGCUUCGCUCAGACUCGCGCUUAUCGAGUAUCAGCCACUUGGUUUUGGAUGAGAUUCACGAAAGAAGUCUCCACUCUGACGUCUUGCUCACAAUUGUCAAGGACCUGCUCAACUUUCGAGAAGACCUUAAGAUCAUCCUAAUGAGCGCCACGCUCAAUGCGGAGAAAUUCUCUAAAUAUUUUGACAACUGCCCCAUGAUCCACAUCCCGGGUUUGACGUUCCCAGUGGAAGAGUUCCUCUUGGAGGACGUGGUGGAGAUGACAAGAUAUCGUCCAAAGAGUAAAGACUGUCGCCCUGCGUGGAAGAGAGGCUUCAUGAAGGGGCAUCACUCAAGACCUGAGAAGGAGGAGAAGGAGGCGGAAUACAAGGAGAGCUGGCCUUGUUAUGCUCGCACUCUACAAGCUAGAUACUCUGACAACACUAUUACUGCUCUUGAAAUGCUGGACGCUGACGACAAGAUUGACCUAGAGCUAAUCUUGGCACUUAUCCGACAUAUUGUGCUAAACGAAGGGGACGGUGCAAUCUUGGUCUUCCUGCCCGGCUGGGACAACAUCAGCAGCCUCAACGACCUACUAAUGGCGCAGCAGAUGUUCCGAUCAGAGAGCUUUGUUAUCAUCCCGCUGCACUCGCUCAUGCCCACUAUUAAUCAGACACAGGUGUUCAAAAGGCCGCCUCCUGGGGUGCGAAAGAUUGUUAUUGCUACCAAUAUAGCCGAGACAAGCAUCACCAUAGAUGAUGUGGUUUAUGUGAUCGAUGGAGGGAAGAUUAAGGAAACUAACUUUGACACCAACAACAACAUCAGCACCAUGACAGCCGAGUGGGUGAGCUUGGCCAACGCCAAGCAGAGGAAAGGACGUGCUGGCCGUGUGUGUCCAGGGAAGUGUUAUCAUUUCUACAACGGUCUCAGAGCCAGCCUGCUGGAUGACUACCAAUUACCCGAAAUCAUGAGGACACCCCUGGAGGAACUGUGCCUGCAAAUCAAGAUAUUGAAGCUCGGCAGCAUUGCUGUCUUCCUGCAGAAAACGAUUGACCCCCCCGCUGAAAAGGCUGUCCAUCUGGCCAUCAAGAACCUCCAAAACCUGAAUGCCUUGGAUCAUUCCGAGAAUCUGACAGCGCUCGGUGUCCAUCUGGCCCGCCUGCCCGUAGAGCCUCACAUUGGGAAACUCAUCCUGUUUGGAGCUCUGCUUGGCUGCCUUGACCCGGUGCUCACCAUUGCCGCAUCUCUCAGCUUCAAAGACCCUUUCUUCAUACCCCUGGGCAAAGAAAAGAUGGCGGACAUGAGGAGGAAAACCUUGUCUAGAAACUCCAAGAGUGACCACCUCACUGUAGUCAAUGCCUUUCAGGGCUGGGAGGAUGCUAAACAACGUGGUGCACGUUGUGAGAGGGACUACUGCUGGGACAACUUCCUCUCUGCCAACACACUCAAGAUGCUACAAAACAUGAAGGGACAGUUUGCUGAGCAUCUCAUGCAUACAGGCUUUGUCAGCAGCAGGUACCCUAAAGACCCCAAAUCUAAUGUCAACUCAGAUAACGAGAAGCUCAUCAAAGCUGUGAUCGUAGCUGGUCUGUAUCCUAAGGUAGCCAUGAUCCGACCUUCCCACAGCAGAAAGAGGCCCGGGGUAAAAGUCUACACACAGCCUGAUGGAAAGGUGUGCAUCCACCCCAAGUCUGUCAAUUAUGAGGAGACAAAGUUCAACUACACGUGGCUCAUCUAUCACCUCAAGAUGAGAACCAGCAGCAUCUUCCUGUACGACUGCACCGAGGUGUCGCCGUUCUCCCUGCUCUUUUUCGGAGGCGACGUCACGAUCCAGAAGGACGAGGACCAGGAGACCAUAGCGGUGGACCAGUGGAUCGUCUUCAGGUCACCAGCGCGCAUCGCCCACCUGGUCAAGAGUCUGAAGAAAGAGAUGGAUUCUCUGCUGGAGGACAAGAUACGGAACCCGGCUCCUGUUGACUGGCAGAACCGCCAAUCCAAAGACUGCGCGGUCAUCACGGCGAUCAUAGACCUCAUCACUACACAGGAAACAGCGACAGUGACGGGCGGCGCUGGAGGCCACCACAGCACAUGGACGCCCAGCGGACAACACAUUCACUUCCAUGAUGACCAGGAUGAUGGCAACAAUUAAAAGAGCCAGUAGGAGUAUGACAGGUUAGUUAACUACUUAUCAAUGAUCUUUUAUUGCAAGAACCUGCAAUUACAACUUGGACUCUAAGGACCUUGCAAUAAAUAAACAAGGCGUUGUAUUCACCCUUUUUAAAGUGUAGUGUUAUGAACAAUAAACUUCUAUAUACUUUAUAGAAUAGUCAAUGUACAGCUUGUAUAGUAGUACCGAUCUACUGUCUACUAAAAUGACUCAACACAGCCAUUAUUGCGUACAUACAGUACAGGCCAAAAGCUUGGACACACCUUCUCAUUCAAUGUGUUUUCUUUAUUUCCAUGACUAUUUACAUUGUAGAUUGUCACAUCAAAACUAUGAAUGAACACAUGUGGAGUUAUGUACUUAACAAAAAAAGGUGAAAUAACUGAAAACAUAUUUUAUGUUCUAAUUUCUUCAAAAUAGCCACCCUUUUCUCUGAUUACUGCUUUGCACACUCUUGUUAUUCUCUCCAUGAGCUUCAAGAGGUAGUCACCUGAAAUGGUUUUCACUUCACAGGUGUCAUAGUUUUGAUGUGACAAUCUACAAUCUAAAUAGUCAUGAAAAUAAAGAAAAUGCAUUGAAAUGAGAAGGUGUGUCCAAAUGUUUGGCCUGUACUGUAGAGCAGUACAACAUAAUAAGUAUAACAGCUACAGUAUUGUCCCUUAGAAAUGUGAGAUGUGCAUUCACGAUGUAGAUUAAACCGACUGAAUUGAACAUUUAUUUAGGGACCCAUCACUCAAAUCAAACUGUACAAAACACAACUUUGAAAUAUUCAGAAUGUUCCCAAAAUGCACACCAUUGAUAUACUCUGUAAGUGUUAAAAAUGUAUUAAAUAUGUUGUUUACCUGUUAUUGUAUGUAAAGGAUCCAGUGGCGGGCCGUGCGUUUCCCACCUAGUUCUUCAUUGAUGUCCGACUUCAAUGAUUACCUCUCAAAAUAGCAUCACUGAUGUCACCACAUGACCAUUGCUGGAGAAAUAUUAUACAAGAACACAUUUACAAUCAAACCCUUUGCUCUGAUUACUGCUUUGCACUCUUGGAAUUCUCUCCAUGAACUUCAAGAGGUAGUCACCUGAAAUGAUUUUCACUUCACAGGUGUGCUUGAAGCUCAUGGAGAGAAUGCCAAGAGUGUGCAAAACAGUAGUCAGAGCAAAGGGUGGCUAUUUUGAAGAAACUAGAAUAUAAAACAUGUUUUCAGUUAUUUCCCUUUUUUUUUUAAGUACAUAACUCCACAUGUGUUCAUUCAUAGUUUUGAUGUGACAAUCUACAACAGGGGUCCCCAAACUUUUUGACUCGGGGGGCCGCAUUGGGUUAAAAAAAUUUGGCCAGGGGCC